AUGGGAGAAUUUCGCCAAAAGGCAGGCUUCCACUCGAGAACAAAUAUAUUUUUUCCAUGAGUGUCUUCGCCAGUUUGUUCUACCAACAAGUGUAAGAUGUAUACCUCCGACUGCCCAUUAGGAUGGAAAAUAGCUGAGCAAAGUGGAAGAAAAAUGAUACACCUAAUGAGAAUGGAUGCACACUACAGGAUCCGCAAAUACCGACACGUCAUAAAGGACCAAAAGAUGGAGCUACAAAGGACACUCACGUCAGAACAUUUGGAAAUCUUGACAACAACCAUCGAGAUAUCAUGCAAACGACACAGAGAACAAAGAUGAAACACCGUAAAGAAAAAACUAAUCAAGAUCUCAAAACCACCCAUGGAAGAAAACACAAACAACUGCGUGAUCAAUCUGUCAAAACAGCCACUAACAAAUACGGAAGAAAACCUUCUCCAAAAAGGAUUAAACUACAAUACAAGCAACGCCUCAAAGCUGGAAUUCUUCGCAGCACUAGAGUCAUCACUCAAAACUUCCGGAAUCAGUGAAGAAACACAACAGGAAAUAAGAAAAACUAUAGUACCUCUAACUCAACAGAUGAAGGAAAACAACCAACUGACUCCACAAGAACAAAAGGCUUUGAAGGAACUCAGAAAUAGAAAGGAUAUUAUCAUAAUACCAACGGACAAAGGACGCACCACAGUAGUCAUGGACAAAAAAGAAUACAUCAAAAAAGCCGAAGAACUACUUGAAGAUAAGAGCACAUACAAACUGAUGGAUACAAAUCCCGUCAAAAAAUUAGACAACCAGAUCUCAAAGACUUUAAACAAGCUAGUCAAAGCAGGGGAAAUAACAAAACAAAACCAAUGGAGAAUGAAAUCCAAUGGAUUAGUACUCCCUCGAUUCUACGGCAGACCAGAAAUACACAAACCAAAUAUUCCACUACGUCCAAUUGUAGCAGUCAAUCAGCAAUUAACAAGCAUAUUGAAAUCAAUCCAAUUUACCAACCAAUAAGGAAAAUCAUGCACAAGUAUAGGAGCAAAAAUCAAACCAAUGGGAGACACAACCAAAACAAAGAAGUAAACAAUGAUAAAUUUAAGGUCAAUAUGAACCAAUCAACAUCGAGGUGCACAGAACAAGCUGUGAAACACUUCACUUCUAUCUGAAGUUUGUGCUGAUGAUGUCGUUCAGAAUAACGAUGAAAGCUCCAUGACCAAGCCACCCAGCUCAGAGAACAAAACUCCACCAAAA